AUGGCUAGUUUAAUGACACGGAAUAGUGUUUUUGCUGGAAAAAUAGCAAAAUAUGUGAGUGACUGUACAAAAAGGCUUUCUUCACAUUUUACUUACUAUCCUGACAAUGAAAAACCCGUUACGGGUGAAACAACUAAAAUGAACAUGAUGCAAGCAAUAAACAAUGCAAUGGACAUUACACUGAAAGAUGACCCAACUGCCGUUCUAUUUGGUGAAGAUGUUGCAUUUGGCGGGGUUUUUAGAUGCGCUCUUGGCUUGCAGGAUAAAUAUGGUAAAGACAGAGUAUUCAACACUCCGCUGUGUGAACAAGGCAUUGCUGGUUUUGGCAUAGGACUGGCAACGGCAGGGGCUACCGCCAUUGCUGAAAUACAGUUUGCUGAUUAUAUAUUUCCAGCUUUUGAUCAGCUGGUGAACGAGGCGGCGAAGGCGCGCUACCGGUCGGGGGGCCAGUUCGAGUGCGGGGCGCUGACGGUGCGCGCGCCCUGCGGAGCGGUGGGCCACGGCGGGCUCUACCACUCGCAGAGCCCCGAGGCCUACUUCGCGCACACGCCGGGGCUCAGGGUUGUGGUGCCGAGAGGUCCCAUCGCCGCCAAAGGGCUGCUGCUGUCCUGCAUCAGAGAGCGGGACCCCUGUGUGUUCCUUGAGCCCAAGAUCCUCUACCGCUCUGCUACGGAAGAGGUUCCGGUUGAAGACUACACACUGCCACUGGGAAAAGCUCAGGUUCUUAGAGAAGGGGACGCUGCCACUCUUAUCGGCUGGGGCACCCAGAUUCACGUGCUGCUGGAGGUGGCAGAGAUGGCGGAGAAAGAUCUGGGGGUCCGCUGUGAAGUCAUUGACCUCAUGUCCAUCUUACCCUGGGACGAGGACACAGUCUGCAAUUCAGUGAAGAAGACCGGUCGUUGCCUGAUAGCUCAUGAAGCACCCCUCACCAGCGGCUUCGGAGCAGAGUUGGCCGCCACAGUGCAGGAGGAAUGCUUCCUGCACCUGGAGGCUCCGGUGUCCCGAGUGGCUGGCUGGGACGCUCCCUUCCCUCAUGUCUUCGAGCCCUUCUAUUUGCCGGACAAGUGGCGCUGCUUUUCAGCCCUCUCCGACCUCGUCUGCUAC